AUGGCGCCGAUCAAGACGCGCGAGUUCUUGGGCGCAGUAACGCUCCUAUCGUUUUCGUCCGACGGGUCUCUGCUCUACGUGGGCGCAGGCCCGGCAAUUUUUCUCUAUGCAACGUCGUCGGGGAAGCUGCUGAGCCAGCAUACCGUCCUGCCGCUCGGUAUUCUGCACGGCUGUGACAUCGUCCAGCUUCCUCGCGCCACGCCCGAGUCAGUUGUGGGCGUCUUUUUCGGUCAAAAGCGCGUGUCUUGUUUCGUAGACCUGCCUCAGACUUGUGACGCAUCUCGAGGGAUCAAGGAGCUUACGGCGCUCGGGAGGCCAAAAGUGUUCAGUGACUGGGUGUUCGACGCGCACGUGUUGACAGACGACGAUGUGGUGGGACCAGCAAAGAACACGAACGUGCUGGUGGCGGUCGGACUGGCGCACAACUUGGUGCAGAUAUGGCAACCCGAUAGUCGCAAUGUGCUGCUGAGCGUGCAAUGCACUGAGCGCUGCAUUUUGUAUGCGCUGGCGUUCCACGGUCGAUCAUUGAAGGAACUCGUUGUUGCGUCGGGAACGGUGUUCCAGCACAUUCUGCUGUGGAAUCCACUGGAGUUUGGACUCGACAAUACUGACACUGCUGUUGCACCAGUGCAACGGCUGCAUGCUCACGAAGGCGUGCUUUUCAAGCUGGCGUGGUCGUCGACUGCGCGCUUGCUGGUCUCUGUCUCAGACGAUCGCACUGUGCAGUUGUGGUCGAACGAUGGGACCCCCACGGUCGAGCAGCUAAACUCGAUGCGGCAAUCAAGUCGAGCUGAACUACUGCAGAGAGCGUACUUGCCAGUGUUCCGAGCGUGGGGUCAUUCGGCGCGUAUUUGGGAUGUAUCCUUCUGGCAGUGUGGCGUGGUAACAGCGAGCGAAGAUGGUCUAGCCAAGAUGUGGAAUCUUCACGGCCAUUGUGUAGCCACGUUGCGGGGACACGUGGGCAGGCACGUGUGGCGUGUGGCUGUUCACCCGUCACAACAAAUGGUUGCCACAGGAGGCGGUGACGGUGCUGUGAAACUCUGGAAUGUAGCGCGCCAGCUCAUGUCUUCUUCUGACGCACCGGAGACGAGCGACGUGUGUCAAACUAUUCGUGUUCCGAUUGUAUCGGCAGAAAAAAAGAGCGGUCCAUCAUCCCACAGCGUGCGGAACAUUGCGCUAAGCACGCUGGAUGAUGGCAAGACUGCAUUUGUAGCCUCCGAGCGCGGCGAGAUUUUCCGCGUGAAUCUAAUGUCAUGUACUGCAGAACUUGCUUUCGUUGUGCCUUCUAGUGAGGGCGCUCAUAUCACAACGCGUACUGGUGGACUGUCGGCAUUUUCGAUCGAUUUCUCUGGACGUUUCUUGUUGCUUGGUGAAGUCACGGGGCGUGUCUGUGUUGUCGAGGCAUCCACGGGAAUUCUGUUGCAUGCGUGGACUUCUCGAGCCAAGACUCGUGUCAUGAAAAUAUGGUGGGACCAAGAGGAUACUCUCUUCGUCAGUAGCGCUGGUGGCAUUCUCGUCGAGUGGAAGCCUAUCGUCAGACAGGCAUGCGAUAGCACGACAUCAGUGUCCGUCGCAAUGAAUCUUGUGGCGGUGUAUGAAAUUCCCACGAAGAGCUCAAUUUCGUCAAUCUUGGUGGUGGACCGGUCAGGUAAGAUCAGGAAUAUCGUGGGAGGCGACGGGCAUGGCAAUGUGUACGUCUUUCAUCGUCCGCUCGCUCCAAGCAGCAGAGACUGUGAAGUCUGUGCAACACAGUCUCCUGCUUACAUGCUCAAAGGCGUCCACGGACGUGAGUUGGUGGCAUCGCUCUUACUUAGUGACGCCCGAAACUGCCAUCUCGCGAUGCUUUCGGGCGGUCAUGACGGGCACAUUUGCUCGUAUGCGUUAGAAGACGACACUAGCCCAAGUGGGGCAUUGACAAUCAAACAGUUGGGCCGUGAAUCCGUUAAAGGCAUCUCCACAGUCAAGCAGCUUUGGUGGAGACAAACGUCAUCUUGUGACGACAGGCCGCAACAUGAUCUCAUGGUGUUUGGUUUCCACGCGUCACGAGCUGUUCUGUACAACGUGUCUGCGCAGUAUUGUAUCUUUGAGGUCGAAUGCGGUGGUUGGCGCCGACCUCAUGCCCUUUACACUUGUGGUACUAAGGUCCAGCACGCCGUUCCCUCUCAUACGUUCGUGUUCACACACCCGACAACGCAGAAGCAGCACGUUGAUAUCAAGGUGCACUCGACGCUUCUUCGUGCGUACGAUUCUUCAGAGACUUCCCCUUUUUUCUCCAGGUGCUCUCUACAUGAUCACCAUCACGGUCGUAUGGCGACUCGUGUAUCGUUUCUCGGAGAGGAACGCUUGAUUACUGCAGCGGAAGACAACAGCUUGAUGCUGCAUCGACGCCGCCGCACUCAACAUGGCCGAGAUAAUCAAGAUAGCUCGCGUUGGUGCGGCGUGGCAUCAGGAAUCGCACACACGACGACUGUCCGAGCGCUCACAACGUAUGCUCGCAAACGUUCCAGUGGCGUUGAGGAGCACAUCGUGCUUUCUGGGGGAGGAAAGCAGCGCCUAAAUGUAUGGCUAGUUGCUGGUGACAGCGAUGUGCUUUGUCAUCUUUGUGGCCAGGAACGUGCGGAAGCAGCGCAGGACCAUCGUAUCCUUGGGCUUGCUACGUUCUCGAUUCCUUGUAUCUCGGAUGAUUACCGGCUUGUCGCGGCUUGCAAUUCUGAGGGGUCCACGCAACUGCUUCUGCUGGACGUGAACAACGCUGGACUUGUUGAGCUCGGUGACUGCCGUUCGGUCUCGAGAAAACCGAUUUUGUCUUGCGUGGGUUUUCAGCAAGGUGAAGCCGACGCGAUGAUUGCAGGACUAGCUGUCGGCUCCACUGAUGGUCUGGUGACACUGUGGAACUUGACUAUGCUGCUGAAGAAAGUCGGAUCGUCGCUCGCUCGAUCCCAUGCUGACGCGGGUCAGCUCCGUGAGAAGCUAGCGCCGUUGAUAAGGGAGUUACGGCCCAGUGGUGACUACUUGGCACACGACAUGGGCACAAAUUGCAUCGAUCUUGUCUCCUGUGCAAAAAGCACCGAAGAGGGAAGUGUCGACGUAGCAAUCGUCAGCGGUGGAGACGACCAGAAUCUAAAUGUACAUGAACUGCGCUUUCCGUCGUGCCAGCUGCUCUCGGAAACUCGGACGGUGAAUGCUAGCGGGUCAGCGAUCAAGACGGUUUCAUGCGUGAAUGCUCAAGUCAUUUUUGCAGCCGGCUACGACCAACGAGUGAGCAAAUGGAGCGUUCAGCGCAACAAGAACGGCUUUGAGCUGGAGUGGCGAGGUGCCGCGUUCUCGGAGUGUGCCGACAUUGCCGACCUCGCAGUCCGGCAGACUCCGGCUGGAGCGGCUCACGACGUUGUCGUUGUUGGCCAAGGCUUGCAGAUGCUGGAGUUCCAACGCGACGAUGAACACCAUUAG